AUGGCAUCGUUGCCUCCGCCGCCACCUCCUCCUCCGGGAUGGGGUGCUGCUCCUCCAUCGAUGCCGCUGGCGCCGCCGCCUCCUGGCUACCAACCGCCCGCCGACCCGAACGUCGCCAAAUUUGCGCAGAAGAAGAAUGAGUGGUUGCGUACACAGCGCAGUCGCUUUGGUGAGAAGCGGAAGGGUGGAUUCGUUGAGACUCAGAAGGCGGACAUGCCACCUGAGCAUUUGCGAAAAAUUGUGAAGGAUAUUGGCGAUGUUUCUCAGAAGAAAUUCACCAACGAGAAGCGUAGCUAUCUUGGCGCGUUGAAGUUUAUGCCCCAUGCUGUCCUCAAGCUGCUGGAGAACAUGCCAAUGCCUUGGGAAUCAGCAAGAGAAGUCAAGGUAUUGUAUCACGUCAAUGGAUGUUUGACAAUUGUGAACGAGACUCCUCGCGUUAUCGAACCUGUCUUCCAUGCGCAGUGGGCUACCAUGUGGAUGUGCAUGCGUCGUGAGAAGAGUGAUCGUCGACACUUCAAGCGGAUGCGUUUCCCUCCGUUCGAUGACGAAGAGCCGCCGCUUUCGUGGUCAGAGAAUAUCGAGGAUGUUGAACCUCUGGAGCCGAUCCAGAUGGAGCUCGAUGAGGAGGAAGAUGCCGCAGUCUACGAAUGGUUCUACGACCACCGACCUCUUCUCGAUACUCCCCAUGUUAAUGGACCGAGUUACAAGAGCUGGAACUUGUCACUGCCGCAAAUGGCAACCCUACAUCGACUGAGUCAUCAGCUGCUCAGCGACGUGGUUGACGAGAACUACUUUCACAUGUUUGACCUCAACAGCUUCUUCACAGCAAAAGCCUUGAAUGUUGCUAUCCCUGGUGGGCCUCGUUUCGAGCCUCUCUACAAGGAUAUUGACCCGAACGACGAGGACUUCAGCGAGUUCAACGCCAUUGACCGCAUUAUCUUCCGCGCCCCCAUCCGGACCGAAUACCGUGUCACCUUCCCCUUCUUGUAUAAUACCCUACCCCGCAGUGUAAAGGUCGCCUGGUACUCUCACCCUCAGGUGGUCUAUGUUCGCACCGAGGAUCCCAACCUUCCCGCUUUCUACUUCGACCCUGUCAUUAAUCCUAUUUCCUCUCGUUCCGUUGCCCCGAAGAACAUCACUAUCAGCCACGAGGACGAGCUCUUCGGCCCCGAUAACAAUGAAGAUGAUUUCGAGCUCCCCGGAGAGGUUGAGCCAUUCUUCAAUGACGAGGAACUCUAUACUCAGGAUACCGCCUCUGCCAUCGCUCUGUGGUGGGCCCCUCACCCUUUCGACAAGCGCUCUGGAAAGAUGGUCCGUGCUCAGGAUGUUCCGCUUGUCAAGCAGUGGUAUCUUGAGCACUGCCCUCAGGGUCAGCCUGUGAAGGUUCGAGUGUCUUAUCAGAAGCUGCUCAAGACUUUCGUGCUCAACGAGUUGCACAAGAGCAAGCCCAAGGCUCAAAACAAGCAGAAUCUGUUGAAGACCUUGAAGACAACUAAGUUCUUCCAACAGACCACAAUUGACUGGGUGGAGGCCGGCCUUCAAGUCUGUCGUCAGGGUUUCAAUAUGCUGAACUUGUUGAUUCACCGAAAGAACUUGACCUAUUUGCAUCUUGACUAUAACUUCAACUUGAAGCCCGUUAAGACCUUGACUACCAAAGAGCGCAAGAAGUCUCGCUUUGGAAACGCUUUCCAUCUUAUGAGAGAAAUUUUGCGUUUGACUAAGUUAAUUGUCGACGCCCAAGUUCAAUACCGUUUGGGCAAUAUCGAUGCUUUCCAGCUGGCCGAUGGUAUCUUGUAUGCCUUCAACCACGUUGGUCAGCUUACCGGUAUGUACCGAUACAAGUAUAAGUUGAUGCACCAGAUUCGUUCAUGCAAGGAUUUGAAGCACUUGAUUUACUACCGUUUCAACUCUGGUCCCGUUGGUAAGGGUCCUGGUUGUGGUUUCUGGGCCCCUGCCUGGCGAGUGUGGCUAUUCUUUAUGCGCGGUAUCAUUCCCCUCCUCGAGAGAUGGCUUGGAAACUUGCUUUCUCGUCAGUUCGAGGGCCGACACAGCAAGGGUGUUGCCAAGACUGUGACCAAGCAGCGUGUUGAAUCCCACUUCGACUUGGAGCUGCGCGCCUCUGUUAUGGCCGAUCUCAUGGACAUGAUGCCUGAGGGCAUUAAGCAGAACAAGGUCAAUGUUGUCUUGCAGCACUUGUCCGAGGCCUGGCGAUGCUGGAAGAGUAAUAUCCCUUGGAAGGUUCCUGGCCUCCCUGCUCCUAUUGAGAACAUCAUUCUCCGAUACGUCAAGAGCAAGGCUGAUUGGUGGAUUUCGGUCGCCCACUACAACCGUGAACGAAUUCGCCGUGGUGCCACUGUCGACAAGACAGUUGCAAAGAAGAAUCUGGGUCGUCUCACUCGUCUCUGGUUGAAGUCCGAGCAAGAACGGCAGCACAACUAUCUCAAGGAUGGUCCUUACGUGUCCUCCGAGGAGGCGGUCGCAAUCUAUACCACCAUGGUGCACUGGCUGGAGUCUCGCAAGUUCUCGCCCAUUCCUUUCCCUGGUGUGUCUUACAAGCACGAUACCAAGAUUCUCAUCUUGGCCCUCGAGCGUCUUCGCGAAUCCUACUCUGUGAAGGGUAGACUGAACCAGAGCCAGCGUGAGGAGCUUGCCCUUAUCGAGCAGGCAUAUGACUCUCCCCAGACAACUCUCGCCAGAAUCAAGCGUUUUCUCCUGACUCAGCGAGCUUUUAAGGAAGUCGGAAUUGACAUGAAUGACAACUAUAACAACAUCAACCCUGUUUACGACAUCGAGCCCAUCGAGAAAAUCACUGAUGCCUACUUGGAUCAAUAUCUCUGGUACCAGGCUGAGCAGCGCCACCUGUUCCCUGCUUGGAUUAAGCCGUCUGAUUCCGAGGUGCCACCCCUUCUUACAUAUAAGUGGACCCAGGGUAUCAACAACCUGUCGAACGUUUGGGAGACCGCUGAUGGCGAGACCAAUGUGAUGAUUGAAACCGAACUUUCGAAGGUUUACGAGAAGAUGGAUCUCACCCUGUUGAACCGUAUGCUUCGUCUUAUUAUGGAUCCCAACUUGGCGGACUACAUCACCUCGAAAAAUAACGUCCAGCUCAGCUACAAGGACAUGAACCACACCAACAGCUAUGGUUUGAUUCGUGGUCUUCAGUUCUCUGGAUUCGUGUUCCAGUACUAUGGUUUAAUGAUUGAUCUGCUACUCCUUGGUCUGCAGCGAGCUAGCGAAAUGGCCGGUCCACCCGCCAGCCCCAACGACUUCUUGCAGUUCCGCGAUCGUGCCACCGAAACCCGUCACCCCAUCCGUCUUUAUACUCGUUACGUCGACAAGAUUUGGGUCUUCUUCCGUUUCAACGCAGAUGAGUCUCGAGAUCUCAUCCAGCGAUUUUUGACUGAGAAUCCCGACCCUAAUUUCGAGAAUGUCAUCGGCUACAAGAAUAAGAAGUGCUGGCCUCGUGAUUGCCGUAUGCGCUUGAUGCGUCACGAUGUCAACCUCGGUCGUGCUGUCUUCUGGGAUAUGAAGAACCGCCUCCCCAGGUCUAUUACCACCAUUGAAUGGGACGACACUUUCGCUAGUGUUUACAGCAAAGAUAAUCCCAACUUGCUAUUCUCCAUGAGCGGCUUCGAGGUCCGGAUUCUCCCCAAGAUCCGGAACCAGAAUGAGGAGUUCUCGGUCAAGGACAGUGUUUGGUCUCUUGUUGAUCAAACUACCAAGGAGCGGACUGCCCAUGCUUUCCUCCAGGUCACUGAGGAGGAUAUUCAGAAGUUCAACAAUCGUAUUCGCCAGAUUCUGAUGUCCUCUGGAUCGACUACCUUCACCAAGAUUGCCAACAAGUGGAACACCGCUCUUAUUGCUCUCUUCACAUACUACCGUGAGGCCGCGGUGUCGACCGUCAACCUCCUCGACACCAUCGUCAAAUGUGAAACCAAGAUCCAGACCCGUGUCAAGAUUGGUCUGAACUCUAAGAUGCCUUCUCGUUUCCCUCCGGCAGUCUUUUACACUCCCAAGGAACUUGGUGGUCUCGGUAUGAUCUCAGGUUCUCAUAUCCUCAUCCCCACCAGCGACAAGCGCUGGUCCAAGCAAACUGACACCGGCAUCACCCACUUCCGGGCGGGUAUGUCGCAUGAUGAGGAGACGCUAAUUCCCAACAUCUUCCGAUACAUCAUUCCCUGGGAGGCUGAGUUUAUCGAUUCCCAACGAGUAUGGAUGGAGUAUUCUCAGAAGCGUAUGGAAGCUCAGCAGCAGAACCGUCGUCUGACUCUUGAGGAUCUCGAAGACAGCUGGGACCGUGGUCUUCCUCGUAUCAACACUCUGUUCCAGAAGGACCGCAGCACUCUCAGCUUCGACAAGGGUUUCCGUCUCCGCGCCGAGUUCAAGCAGUACCAGCUUAUGAAGAGCAAUCCUUUCUGGUGGACUAGCCAGCGUCACGAUGGUAAACUCUGGAACCUGAAUGCCUACCGCACAGAUGUCAUCCAAGCAUUGGGUGGUGUGGAAACUAUUCUUGAGCAUACCUUGUUCAAGGCAACUGCGUUCCCAUCCUGGGAAGGUCUGUUCUGGGUACGUGAACAAUCCUUCUUAUAA